GCAACCUGAUGGCUCAAAAGAGCGACGAUGAUGUCUUGUGGCAGAGGAGGGUUGCUGUUCUUCUUCUUCUUGGUGUUCUUCUUGUUGUUGUUGACUGCCACUACUUUCUGGAAUACGAAUAGACAUAAUGAGCAAGUAGCUUCCUCCGAUGCUGAAGUGGUAGUAGAAAUUUCGGUGGGUGAAAUCGCACAUGAACGAGAGAGUGACGACGGAUAUGUGUGUGUGACGAUGGAUUGGUGGCCCGGGAACAAGUGCGAUUACGGCGUGUGUCCCUGGAAGAAUGGAUCCAUCUUGACAACCGACUUGAGCCACCCAAGAUUGCAGAAUCUGCUCCGUGCCAUUCCCCGUGUGACGUUGCGCAUUGGUGGAACGCAGGCAGACACUGUGGUCUAUCAAGAUGAUGAUAGUAGUAGUAGUACUCCCUGUCUUCCAUUUGAACCAUCAGAGACACCAUCCCCUCAUUUUCAACAUGGUUGUUUGACACGGAGCAAAUGGCGUGACAUUGCCGCGUUUGCCAACCAGACUGGGGCGAACAUCAUUUUUGGAAUCAGUGCUCUGGCAGGACGACAAUCAUCAUCAUCAGCAGCAGCUGUUCCUGCGUGGGACAGUUCCAAUGCCGAGGCAUUUCUACGCUUUCUGAAGCAAGAUCAUCGUCUCUAUCAAUCCAUUGUAGGAUUCGAAUUUGGCAACGAACUCAAUUAUGUACCCAACAGGACCAUUACCCCUCAGGAACAGGCACGAGGUUUUCAAGCACUCCAUGAGCUGCUGCAACGAGUCUUUCCUCAGAAAUCGUUUCAACUCUAUGGACCCGACUUGGGGGGUUGGAGUGACACCUUCAUCCGAGACUUUUUAGCCGCACUUGGUUCAUCCAACCAUACUAGUCAUAGUAUACUGACCGGCAUUACAUGGCAUUCGUACCCGCUAGGACCGGGCUAUAACAAUCCACACCUGAUGAAUACCAUUCUGAAUCCCAAAGUACUCGACUCCUUUGGCAAAAAAGAAGCAGCCGCACUCUUCAACCACACCCAUAACGCCAAGCAAAAGCUGGUCAUGGGAGAAACGGGCGGAGCCUACAAUUCCGGUCACGAUACCGUCAACAACCGAUUCGUCGACUCGUUCUGGUACUUGCAAGCCAUGGGAGUACUGGCGCAGCAUCGACACGACAUGUUUUGUCGACAAGCACUCGUCGGAGGCAAUUACGAAUUGAUCAACACCAAGCCACAUGGCAGUGACAACAACAUGUACUAUCCCAAUCCAAGCUACUUUGCCGCCUACCUCUUUGCACAAAUCAUGGGGGCACAAGCUCGACACGUAACGACACUUGGACGAAUGGAGGAGCAUCAUGCCAAUGCCAAUAACAGUGGCAUGGAGGACAGCAGCAGUCGAGUCCGUGUCUACGCCCACUGUCAUGUCAACCAUCGUCGACUGGGGCUCUUGCUACUCAACUAUGACAAUCGUACCACAAUUGACUUUGUUCUCAAAGGGUACGACAACGACAACAACAGUGACUUGAUCCCUCGUGACGAGUAUCAUAUCACUGCCACACACAUACAAGCCGAUCAAGUCCAAUGCAACGGAGAGACAGUCAUUGUGGAUGAACAAGGCACCUUUCACCUCCAUCCAAGAACAAUUAUUCAUGUGGAUAGUGGGAUCAUUAUUAAAGUGUUGCCACAAUCCUAUGCGUUUGUCGUUUUUGCAAAAGAAUCGGUCGUUUCGCAACGAGAAUGUGGUGGUGCCACAACAACAACAUCAAACGGUAUGGCUUCAACGGUGUAGAAAGCAAAAAAGCUUGGACUCUGAAAGAGAUAACUUGUUGCCGAAUACAACGCGCGACAGCACAUGCUUUGACUGACUCGAUUCGAUCCGAUUCGAUUCGGUCUACAUACAUGCAAUAGUGGGUAGCAGAAAAUGUGCACAAAUUUCUCCUUUCAUGGGCAUGCGGUAGGAAGGAAGGAAGGAAGGAAAGGACAGUUUGAAGAAGUGAACCUGUUCGUCUGAUUGAUUGAUUGCCUUUGCUACAACGUGGCUAGCAAAUAGUAAGAAUGUGGCAUUGUUGCCGGCAUCGACCUCGCUGAUCCCAGCUGGGUGGAACCUCACUUUUCUUGAUAAUGCACCGUGGAGGUGCUGUUUCGUUUCCUUCUGGACAAGCCACCGUCUUGCACAAACUGGAAGACAGCGACAACCCAUCUAUCUCGCUAUCAACCUUCGACCAUGAUGCAGGGGCAGCGCACACCGAAACAGCGGGGAGUGGUCAACGAUACCCGAACAGGCCUAGGUUUGUAGCCGACGCACUUUGAGGGGCCCUCGCGGUUAACACUACAUGUUUGAAGCCCCACGCUCACGGUGCUUCCAAAGGUGGCAUCCUUGUUCGCGCUGCAUGACAUGAGAUGAGAUGAGAUGAGAUGAGAUGAGAGGCAUGCCAGUGUCGAUUGAACCUGUCCCGCCAAGAGGAGAAUGACGACGACUGAGUCGCGCAGUUUGUAUGAAGCAUCAAUACGAUUGCAUCAUUUCUUUGGUGGUUCUGAUGUUGCAUUGGCAGUGGAAGCUCUGGAAGUAGUUGCUUGUGUUUGGGCAAAUUAGAUGAGUCGACGAUCGAGUCCUUGAAGCAGGCGUUGGCGGAUGUAAUAGAUGUUUCAUACGAGCUCGACGACGUAGCCGAGGAACUUGAGAUAGACGUUUGGAUUAUCGGCAAAAACAUUGGCUUGGCGGAGGCUGUUUUGAACCGUCAUACUAAAGGACCCCCCUCGUCCCUACCGUACCG